UUAGAAUCCAACAUUAGAGAUCAUCAUUCGAUGUCUAGGCAGAAAGAGAAGACAACUAAAGAUCCUAAACAUGUCAGUAAAUCAGGUCAUCAGUCAUCCAAAGACAGGUCACCACAUUCCCAGCUCAGACCAAUAGCUCCAAGCAUUCCCCCAACUGUUGCUCAACAAAUACCUGUUGUAGGUGUGUAUGCUGGGAGUUCUGCUCCGUCCCCCAUGGUACAGGGUAAUAUGCUGACUGUAUUUAGAAAUGGAGUUCUGCCAAAUGAACCGUUUUCAGAUGAUCAACUUCCUGAGAAGCAGAUACUGUGUGCAUGGUGUCAAAACUUUGGCAUGAAGAGGUAUACCCUGAACACAAGCACUGAAUCAAAGGCAUUCUGCAGUGAGAAAUGUUUUGCUGCAUGUCGGCGGGCGUACUUCAAGAGAAAUAAAGUGUGUGACUGGUGUAAGCAUGUACGUCACACGAAAGAAUACUUGGAUUAUGGAAAUGGAGAACGACGACUUCAGUUCUGUAGUAUGAAAUGUCUGAACCAGUACAAAAUGGACAUCUUCUGUAAAGAAACACAAGCUGCUCUGCCGCAAGCUGGCCAACUGUCGAAGGGAUCCUCGGCUUCUGCAACCCUGCCAAUGAGUACCUCAAGAAUUGUACCAGUUACUCCCAAUGGUAACCCACAAAUAAUUACCCCUGAAUCUUGGUGCAAGUCUGGUGAGGCAGACAAAGUAUUGGUCAAUGUUGGACGAAAUGAAACAAAUAAAACUGAUAUUUCAAACAAUGAACAAGUGCAAAGAACAGAGACUGUUAUACAUUCUAGCUCCCUGAGUCAUCAUAGUGGUGGAGCAUUGACAGAGUCACCUCCGUCUACAGUACCACCAAUGUUACAUGAACAACCUGUGUUGAGACCUCCAAUCAUGACACAAGGUCCUCCCCAUACUCCGCAUAUGGUAGCAUCUUCUCCACAGGGAGGAAUGACAGGUCAUCAAACACCUAUCAAUCCCAGACCACCUCAUUCACAUCCAAACCUGUUUCGGUAUCCACACCCACCUAGGUUUUCCGGUCCACCAUAUCCACAAUUCCAGCCAUCCCCGAUCCCAGGACAACCUCCACCUGGAGUCUCCCAUAUGAAUUCCUCUCCUUUUAAUCUGCCACCAGUGACAGUCUUUGUGCCAUAUCCUGUUCCCUUUCCCGUCCCUAUUCCCAUACCAAUUCCAAUUCCAAUUCCCAUGAAUCAGACUGAGAACAAUGAGAAUUGUGAAACAGAAGAUCGCAAAACUGCAAAAAAUCAAGAGAAAUUUGCCAGGACCAGUCAAGAUGAGCAUGGGAAAAAGUUUGAUAGUAAUGUUCCUGGUGUAAUCAACAGCGAGACUUCUUCUUGGUUAGAAACCUUAGUGAAAAGUUGUAAAAAGAAAGUAGUUAAACAACCAGAGAGUUUCAAAUCUGUCAUUUCUAGCCAAUCAACAGAGGUUAUUGAAAUCUCUGAUGAUGAUUCAUCAGGAAACAGUAACAGACUAUCAGAUGUUGAGGAAAAAAUUGACAAACCAACUAUGUUAGAGAAAAGUGAUAACAAAUUGUCAGAUGUUAAAGAAAGAAAUGGCAAACAAACUAUGUUGAAGAACAGUGAUAAAAUAUUCUCAGAUGUUGAGAAAAGAAAUGACAAUCCAUCUAUGCCAGAGAACAGUGAUAACAAAUUGUCAGAUGUUGAGGAAAGAAAUGACAAGUCAACGGUUUUGGACAACAGUGAUAAUUGUGUGUCAGACUUUGAGAAAAAAAAAGACAAACAAACUGUGUUGGAGAACAGUGAUAACAAAAUAUCAUAUGUUGAGGAAAGAAAUGACAAACUACUUAGUGAUGUAAACAGGAGCAGAGACAUUCCAUAUGAUGAAAGGCCUUGGGACCAUGCCUCUACAGAAGAAAAACAACACUUGUCCGAGGAGCAAAAAACAUACAACCAAUCAAAUGUGAAGCCAUCACGUGACAAAUGUGAACAGAGCAGCUCACUUUUGUACUCUGAAAGUAGUAUGCCUAGAAAAUCCAACCUUGGAACUCUCAAAUUGAACCCUGAUGGAAAAACUGCCAGUGACAUGGAGGAUUUUGACAUAUCUAUUGCAGCUGGUUUAAAACUUGAUGAGAUGAGUGAGGAGGUGUCAUCUGUGAAACAAAAUGAUGUAGAGGAUGUGACUGCAGGUGAUGGAGAUGACACAGAGGAACGAGAGGCAAGUAAAAGAGUGAAUUGUGAGCAUGCAUAUGCUGCCUCUCCUGUAGAGGAACUGGCAGAUGAAAAAAUAGAUUUAGAGAAAAUAGCAACAUCGAUAAACACUCAGCGAAUAGUGAAUGAACAUGCAUAUAAUGCUCCAUCAAAUGCAUUGAAAGCUGUAAAUCAAAGAACUGCAACAAGCGCACAGAAACAACUGGAAAGCAAAAUAAGUACACAGAAGCGUGUUGUAACACCAAUCAGUAAAUCUACUGAGUCAACUCCCACCAGUACGCAGAGAGUUGUUGGUGAACAUGCAUAUGCUCUGAGAAGGAGUGGUCGCAUUGCUGGUGAUCAUACUACAGGGGGAGUGUCAGCAAAAGGCGAAAAAGCUGCAUCAAUGCACGAUUUGUCCUCUUCCGAACCAGCCAUUAAGCGAAGAUGUUUACGCAGCCGAAGCAAAAAUCAUUGAUAGUUUUUAGCCACCUGACAUUAAGUGAUCUAAAUUUCAAGCAAUGAUUAGACUGUCGUUGAACUACAAUGUAAUUGGACAGUUAAUACUGUGGAAAAAUCAUGCCGGAGAACUCCUGAAAAAUUGACAAAAUUAGAACAAAACAUUCUAGUUGAAUUAUUUAUAGUUGUGUUUUUAUCACAGAAUUCAUUAAUUUUUUGCUGUAAAUUUCAAGUUAUUCUCUUUUUAAGAUAUUUCAACUUUUCUUACAGUUCUCAUGUUCUUCUUAAUUGUAUGUGAUGUUUCUAUGUAAAGUGUAUAUUCUGUGCAAAGUAUAUUUUAAAGCGUGUCUUGUGCAUUACCCAGUUUGUUAAUAAGUAUUACUUUCUUCCAUGCUACCUGCAAAUAUAGUUGGUACCUUUUGUACAAUAAAGGAGUGGGGUUGCAGGUCCUCCCAAAAAUGAUUUUCUCAUUUGGAAAUAGAGGCACGUGUUGGCCAAAGAAACAUGUCUGACGGUAUUUUACAUGGGACACCAUAUUGUUUCAUAAACAUAUUGCAAAACAGUCAGCAUUUGAGGCCAUCAACUACUCAUGGGGAAUUUGGCUAAGUGUGUCGUUUUAAUAGCAACAAACUGUAAAUAAAUGUUGUCAUUACAGUUGUUAAUUAUAAUGCUGAAGUAUGUAGUGAACGAAAUAAAUGUGUCUGCCGACACUACGUUCCCAUGUGUAAAUUGUAUGUUCCGCUUGCCAGCCCUUCACAUACAUGUAGGUGCUUUCUCCAGCACAUUUAAAUUCUUUGUAGUUCAAUGGGAGGCACCUUCCAGUAUCUUUUAUCUCCUUUUAUUCCACUCCAGGAACUGCUAGCAACAGCAAUACGCAAUGCCAAAUUCAGAAUUUGAUAAUGUUAUCCGAUAACCAUUUACUGUGAUAGAUUACUUGUAAGUGGUACAUCUUAGCGCUUCAUGUGGGUUGUAUAAACCGUUUCUGAUUUGAGAGUUAAAGUGGUAAGGGUAGCAUCAAACCAUUCAUCAAUACACUGUGUUAACAUCCGCUGAUAAACAUUCAUGUACCUUGAAUAAUAACAUAAUGAUUUGUAUAUGUGUUCACAAAA